AUGAUUCUUCCAGCAGCCAAAGGAUCAGAGGCUGAACCGAUCUACGUCCCAUUCCUCAUCGUUGGAUCGAUAUUUAUCGCCUUCAUCAUCGUGGGCUCUCUGGUGGCCGUUUAUUGCUGCACGUGUUUAAGACCUAAACAACCGUCGCAGCCAACACGAUUUUCUCUGCGGAGCUGUCAGGCCGAGACUCUCCCCAUGAUCCUGGCCUCCACAAGCUUCAGGACGCCGUCGAGGCAGUCCAGUACCGCCACGAGUUCCAGUUCGACCAGCAGCUCCUCAGUUCGCAGGUUCUCCUUCCCCCGGGCAGAGCCAGGGUGCCUCGUGGCAUCGCCACCUCCACCGUACACGUCCAGCUGCUUCCCGACAGCCCACACCGUCCACCCAGCCCAGCCGUCGGGGUUCCUGGUGUCGCCGCCGUACUUUGGGUAUCCUCUCCAGACGGAGCCUGCCCCGGCUGGGAAGAGCUGCUCCGAUUUUGGUCAGAGCUGA